AUGUUGAUGCUGUGCUUGAGAAGACAUGCUGUUGGUAUACUCGAGUCACUUGGUUAUAAGGAUGGCUAUAGAAUUGAUGUUGAUAUACCAAAUGGGAGUUGGGCUGCCGCUCCUCAUUUCCACGACAUACUCAUUUUCAAUACAGGGCACUGGUGGUGGGCUCCUUCAAAGUUUGAUCCUGUGAAAACACCGAUGCUCUUCUUUGAGAAGGGAGUACCUGUGACUCCUCCACUUACACCUAAUGCUGGGCUUGAUAUGGUGUUACGACACAUGAUUCAUGCCUGCGAUGUAAACGGGCAUCUAUACAGGGCCCUUGAAGGUUCAAAAUUCCAAAUAUUGGAGAUAACCCGGAUGAGUGAGUUCAGGGCUGAUGCCCACCCAUCCACUGCUGGUGGGAAAAGGCACGACGAUUGUAUGCACUGGUGCUUACCGGGGCUCACCGAUACUUGGAAUGACUUGUUCAUAGCACACUUGAACAACAUCAAAGUUAGGAAUUGAUCAAUCCAAAUCCUAUUUAUUUUACAUUUUCUUUUCUAGUUGAUUUUGAUGAGAUUUGACUCAAACUUCUCAAGAUUUUGUUUGUGUUUACUAUUUUCACUUAGGUUUGAGAUUUGGCUUUUUAGGAUUUAGGAGCAUGUAAUUAUACGAUCAUUAUAGAACUAAUCAGCCAUGAAGUUUUAUUGUAAACUAAUAAAUGCAUUAUUGAGCUA